UGUGUCUGUGCGGCUGAUUUUUGAUGGAACGGUCAAGGGGCAUAGCCAAGGCCACGGGUCGAAAGUUACCACCAAAAGCCUGCGAAUCCGCACACCAAAAGUGUGUCCAUAAGGGUGUGCCUCUAACGAAAGACCCAAGGUUUAAACCCAACCAAUUCACGAAUUCUGUUUCACCAAGUAACGGAAACUUCCCUCUGACAUUCCAAAAUGGCCAAUACCUCGCCUGAAGACGCUGCACUGGAUUUGUUUCGUCGUCUGAACCCAGACAAAAUCUCGAAAAACUUGGACACCGUCCUUCAGUACCGUCCUGACUUGAGUGAAGUUUUGCUCUCCUCCAUAGAUCAGCCGUUGCGUUCAGAACGUUGUGCAGAUUCGGGCAAUCAAUAUCUUUUGUGUGACUUCAAUCGCGAUGGAGACUCGUAUCGUUCACCUUGGAGCAACAAAUACGCUCCUGCUUUAGACGACGGAAUUGUGCCCAGCGAUCAUGUCCGUGAUAUUGAAGUUCGUUUAAACAAUGCCAUGCGUGUGUACGUCGACAUGUACUAUGAAGGUGGUGUAUCGAGCGUUUAUCUUUGGGAUCAAGAUGAGUAUUACGCUGGUGCCGUCCUCAUCAAGAAGGGAUCCAGCGAUGAUGCUUCCGGAUGGGAUUCUAUUCACGUCUUCGAAUGCUUGGAGACGGGGGAGCCGGAUAAGUGGGAUUAUCAACUCACAAGCACAAUCAUUCUCCACAUGCAAUCAUCAUCCAGCUCAGCGGAUGAAAGCAAGCUUGGCUUGUCCGGCCAACUGACCAGACAGACCUCUCAGCGUCUGGAGGUUUCAGACGUUUACUCGCAAGUAGCUAAUGUGGGUCGUAUGGUUGAAGACAUGGAGAACCGGAUGCGUACAUUUUUGCAGGAAGUUUACUUUGGUAAGACGAAUGAUGUUGUCAACGCCAUCCGUUCAGUGAUGCCUUUGGAAGAGGUCAAAGAGAAUGAAAAACGAAUGAGUAAUGUCGUUAGUGGCAUGAGCAAAGCAUAGUCGGCAUAGCUGUAAUUAUAACAAUACAUUUCAUAAACGACA